CAAAAAGUGAUGUCAAAAAUUGCACACAUUUUGCAAUCACUCAAUAGAUGUCCGCUUUGUUUGCAUUGUUUGUAUUGAUUGUCAGUAUAUUUGUUAUGCAAUUCAGUAUUGAAUGCCGUAUUUAAAUGUCAUCACAUCUGAAGCCAACGCCAGACAAAAAGUGGCCAAAACUUAACACUCUUUCCGAUUAACUCAUAUACAGACAAGCGGUGGCUUUGGAUGAGAUAAGUCGAAACUCACGAAGAAUAAGAUGGUGUCCACCAGUGAUAGUAACCAUAAUCUGUUUUAUUUGAUCACUUUGUGGGGCUUUUUGAACGCUUUGAUACCACUUAUUAUCAAUUCGAUAGUGUCCGUAUUCUUCAAUGAGACCCAAAUGGAGACGUGUUUGCGGCGACAGAUGCGGGACCUGAAGACCGAGUUGUCCGACAUCUCGAUGUCCGACGAGUUCGCCAAAUACGCCAAAAUUCAACGCAAACUCAACAAAGCCAAGGAUCAGCUCAAAAGUGAAUCGGACGCCCAAACGCUAUACCGAAUCAAAGCCCGCUUUAUAUUAUACGGCAUUUUUUACAUCACAUCCGCAUUAGUGACGGUGUGGUUGAUGUGGAACUAUCGAUACGAAGUGCUGUUCCGAUUGCCGGACAAUCUCUUCUGGCCGUUCGGCUUCAUUCUGGCCUUUCCUACCGGUGUUUCCGGUGCGAUCGGAAUCACUCCCUGGACUAUCAUCACUACUUUCGUUGGCCGACAAUUAGUUAAAUUGGUUUCAUUGUAACCAUUUUUAGACACUUUUGAUACGCUUUUUGUGAUCUUUUUUGUUUCGUUAAUAAUUUUUUUAUCGACUUUUAAAUUUUAAAUAUAAUUAAAUCAUUUUAAA